UGUGCCUUAACACAGAUGAACAUAGGGGAAGGUACCUGUGGAAACAUCUCUAACUGCAGUUCGUGUAUUGGUGAUGGCACAAGUGUAACAGGCUGCAAGUGGAUAAGUUGUGAAGGAAACAUAGGCAUAUGUGUAAAUGAAACAGAAGUAACUUUGAAGAAUCAAAGCUGUACUGCUGAAGAACAGUGUUCUUUUGCUCUUUCCAGUAGUCCUGCGCCAUCUUCCAAUACUACUACCACAGCAUCUUCCAAUACUACUACCACAGCAUCUUCCAAUACUACUACCACAGCAUCUUCCAAUACUACCACCACAACAUCUUCCAAUACUACUACCACAGCAUCUUCCAAUACGACCACAGCCAGUCCUGGUACAACAGCUCAUACUACUAUAGCAGCUAAUGUCACCAGUGUAACUGCACAUCCUCCUGUACCUACAACUGCUAUUACUUCAGCUACCACGACACCCAGUAUUCCAGGUACAAAUGCUACUGUGACUCCUGCACCUUCUCCACGCAAAUCUACUUUUGAUGCUGCAAGUUUCAUAGGUGGAAUUGUCCUUGUUCUGGGUCUGCAGGCUGUUGUUUUCUUUUUGUACAAAUUCUGCAAGUCAAAAGACCGUAACUACCACACACUUUAGGACCUGCCACUUUGUAAUGGACUUGUAGCCCAACACCUGUAGUUCACUGAACCAAAAUAUUUUCUGUUGCUCAUGGAAGACAGCAGUUCAUAAUAUCCUUUAAAUCUCUAAAAGAAGACUUUAAAAGAAUAUUUUUGCAACAUUAUACUUGGCAAGAUGUGACAUUAGUCUCUUCAACAGGAGUACUUGGAAUAUGCUGCAUGGGUUCUAAUGGCUGUCUUAUUUUCCUUUAGUGGCUGCUGCUGUGGGACUUUUUUUUUUUUUGAUAUGCCAAAUGUAGACAUUCAGAGAUUCUUAUUCAGUGGCAACACUGUCUUGAGUAGAUAAUCUUGUGAAGGCUAAUUUAAUCAACAUUUGAUACAGUAUCCCUUCAGCUUUGUCAAGAUGUGAAUUACUGGUGACUGACUUCAGGGAGUGAAAUACCAUUUAUACUAGCGUAUGGCUCUUAAAGCGUACUGCUAGAAAGAUAAACUAAACUGUAGAAGUAGAUGAUGUCUUAACAGAAUCACAUAACUUUUUUCCUUUUUUUUAUACACAAGAAUAAAGGUUGCCUGUUAAAAACUGCAUUCCAAACAUAUCCUACACCCUUUUCAGUUAAUGUUGCAGGUGGAGAGGGCAUGUAAGGAUAAUCCUUUUAAAGGGGAAAUGAAGAUUAGUGCCUUAAAAGAGUAAACAAAAGGCUGCAAAAAUGUCCCACUUACUUCAAAGACAGAUAAAGCUAUUAAAUACUAGCUUAAAUUAGGAUAAUGGAAUACAUGGGACUUGAGCAUUCCGGUUUAAAAAAUUUUUACACUAAGUAACUGUCCCCUAUUGACCUUGUGAGGGUGGAGAAGCACGGUACAGUAACGUUCACCUACAGACAGAAACUUUGUUUACUUUUUGUUCUGGCUUACAAACCAUAAAACUAAUGAUAAAAUUCAGUUCACUCCCUGUAUAAAAAGGUAACAACUUAGAUUUAUACUUGAAAUACUGGUGUUUUGAAAAUCCUGGGAAUUUUCUUAUUCAAACAGUUCCUGGACUGAUUGCAAUUAAUUUCAAGGUUUGGGUGGUUUGUUUCUUUUUACCCUCCGGUAUGUCUGCUUGCUGGAGGAGCAGUUAAGCGUAAUGCAGAGGAUCUGCUAAUUUGAUCCUAGUCAGGAUUGCUGUAGUCCUGGGAUUGCCAGGGCUGCACCUUUUUAGUUUCCCCCUCCACCCUUCCUGGCAUGGGGUUGGUGUCACCCUCCAGUGAGCUGGUUAAGGAAAUCUAUUUGGCCAAAUAGUAUAUAUAUUUUUUUUUUCCCUUGGCUGGAUCAGCCAGUGUGAUCUGAGUAUCAGAGGUACGUCCUUUCCAGUGACUUGAGCAUCUGUGAAAGUAAACCCACAGGAAGAAUGGAAGUAAGGAUAAAAUUCAGGUGGUGGAUGUAGCACAUAAUACAUAGUUUUUGAUGAUAUACUUUGAUCGAUAACCUGUAGUACUGUUGAUAGCUCCGACUUGACUGGAAUUUGGCACCCAGUAGAAAAUGACGCAUUAAUGCAGAUAAUAGUCAUGGCAGUGGAGCUUAAAUAUGAAGCAAAUUAAGUGCACUUCAGUUGGAAACUAAAGUGCACAGUGUUGCUUUCUUUUGUUCUUCUAGUUCAAAUGGCGUUGUUUCUGUUGUGCUGCAUAGAAAACUGAAAUUGCUACAAAGUUACUCACCAGUACUGUAUCUUUGAGUUUAUUAGCUUUUGAUUUUUUCUAAACAAAACUAAGACAAUCAGCUCAGGUUUAUUAAAACAGCAGAGUGAGCAGCCAGUUUCCAGCAACAGUAUGUGUGUGGGUUAGAUGGUAUAUCCUUGGCCUUACUGUGAAAUCACUUAAUCUGUCCUUUCCUUAUCUCAGAACUGUUCUACUACAUUUAUUUGUUUAAAAAGAUAUCCAUGAGCUUGUAUUCUCUGCUUUGCAGUGAGCAAAAUAACCUGCUAAAUUGUGAUAGUUCUUCUUCAGCUCAGCAAAGCAAACUCUAUGCCUAGUACAUAAUUUCUAGAGGCCUCAAAGGGCUAUCUUCUGGGAAACUUGCAGAAAAUUGCUACAGAACACUUCAUGGCAUGGAAGACAUUAUAAAAUACUGCUAAAAUGCUUAAUCAUGAGCUAGGCUGACCCUGAUUUAGGUUGCUGAUAAAGUCUGCUGGUUAAGCAAACUAAAAAUAAUUUUUAAAGUGCCUUAAAGUUCCUUAAUCUUUUGCCUGAAAUUUUGUUUAAAAGGGUAGAAGGGAUACCUUGCCUUAGUUACUAAUUUUUUCUUGGUGCCAGCAAUUGCUACUUUCCAAGACUGUAGGAAACCCAGGAUCUCUGACAUGUACAGAUGCCAAUCUGAAAAACUCAAGCUUGUACGGUAUUUAUUCAGUCGUGUUCUGGAAGGCCUGCCCUAUGCACCACUUGCUUGUUAGCCUUGCCAACAAAGUAUGAUCCCCAGUUUACAGAGUUCUGGAUAGGAUUGUUUCCCUUUUGGUUGUUUGGGGGGAGGGGGGGCUGGGUUAUACAUCUUCACCAUGUGCUUGGCUGCCUCACUAUGAUUAGUAAUUACUCCUUUGUGAAACAUCAGUAUGGGCUGAUCCGUGCUGUAUACUAGCAAAAAAACCUGAGGUAACAACUUGCAGUUUUUCUUGGCCUUGUGUUUUGAAGUGGAAGGUAGCUCAUAGAUCUGUAGUUGUAUUUGCCCCUACAUGAAUUUUAGGCACUGAACUGUAGUGACUCUUCAAGUUAUCUGGCUUUUUCUUGAAGCCAACUUGUGGAAAUAUCAAGCUGUUAUGAAUGUUUUCUGCAAGUGUUGCUGUAAAAGUUUGUAUUUUGUCUUCAGUGGAAGAAAACUGAAACAGUUACAAUCGCAAAACCAAAUUGAUAAAUAAAAAUCUGUUGAACGGAA